UGUAAUUACUUGGGAUAUUCCCGCCAUCUUUCCGUGGGCUUCCCUCCCUCGGGCCUCCCUCCCCCGCGUCGCACCGCACGCUAGUUACCCUCUCUUGCACUCGCCAAUCUCCUGCUGCUUGAGCAUGUUACCUUUGUAGCAUUGAUGCUCUCGCUCCGUUCAUGCUACUGCCUGCGGCAUCCUCCCUCACUUUCUCACCCCCUCAAGGCCCUCUCUUUCUCUCCCUUCCCCACCAUACCUUUCUCUCCUUCUCUGAAGCCCUUUGCUUCCACAAACCCUAAACCCUUCACCAUGUCAUCUCGCCCUUCCGCUUUUGACGCCCUCAUGUCCGGCGCUCGGGCUGCCGCCAAGAAAAAGCCCCUACCCCGCUCCUCUUCUCCCAACAAACGCAAAUCCCUAGAUUCAGACUCUCCCUCAAACACCAGCAUCCCCAAUUCUUUAGCGCCCGAUAUCUCAAUUUCCCAGGAAUUGAAGAGCUUGGAUGAGAGCAUUGGGUCCGACGCCGCCCCCGCAGCUAAGAAGAAUAAGAUCCGUGCGGUGACCGUGGAGCAGACUAUUUCUCAAUUUAAGACCAAAAUGCCACAGUUGAAGAAGAAGGCGGGGGACUUCGAUCCAUGCUCAGUUGCAUGGUGGGGUGAGGGUGAGAGGGUUCCAUUCAUUUUUCUCAGUUUGGUCUUGGACAUGAUUUCCAACGAGACUGGGCGUAUUGUGAUUACGGAUAUAGUGUGUAAUAUGUUGAGGACUGUGAUACAUACAACCCCGGAUGAUCUGGUGGCGGUUGUUUAUCUUUCUGCGAACAGGAUUGCGCCGGCGCACGAAGGUUUGGAGCUAGGAAUUGGGGAUGCUUCCAUAAUUAAGGCACUCGCGGAGGCUUGUGGGAGGACAGAGGUGCAGGUUAAAAAGCAAUACAAGGAAUUGGGUGACUUGGGUCUUGUGGCAAAAGCAAGCCGUUCAUCUCAAUCUAUGAUGCGCAAGCCUGAUGCCUUGACUGUCAUCAAGGUUUUUAAUACAUUCCGGCUGAUUGCUAAGGAAUCUGGGAAAGAUAGCCAAGAAAAGAAAAAAAACCACAUCAAGGGACUACUUGUUGCUGCCACUGACUGUGAACCUCAGUAUCUAAUUCGUCUACUUCAGAUGAAGUUGCGCAUUGGAUUGGCAGAGCAGACCCUAUUAGCUGCAUUGGGUCAAGCUGCUGUCUAUACUGAAAAACAUUCUACACCACCUCCAAACAUUCAGUCUCCAGUAGAAGAGGCUGCGAAGAUUGUUAAACAAGUAUACUCUAUACUCCCUGUCUAUGACAAGAUAGUUCCUGCUCUUCUUAGUGGUGGUGUAUGGAAUCUUCCAAAGGCAUGUAACUUUACACCUGGUGUCCCACUUGGACCUAUGCUAGCAAAGCCAACCAAGGGGGUAUCUGAGAUUGUAAAUAAGUUUCAGGAUAUGGAAUUUACCUGUGAAUACAAAUACGAUGGAGAACGUGCCCAGAUCCAUUAUAUGGACAAUGGUUCAGUGGAGAUAUAUAGUCGAAAUGCAGAGCGAAACACUGGAAAGUUUCCUGACGUUGUCAUUGCAAUUUCAAGGUUAAAGAAGCCAUCUAUUCAAUCAUUUGUUCUGGAUUGUGAACUUGUUGCCUACGACCGUGAAAAACAGAAAAUUCUGCCUUUCCAGGUCCUCAUCACUCGAGCUCGUAAAAAUGUGGCUGUGAGUGAUAUCAAGGUUGAUGUUUGCAUAUUUGCUUUUGAUAUGUUGUAUCUUAAUGGCCAACCGCUUCUUCAGGAAGAGCUUAAAGUUCGUAGGGAGCACCUUUACAACUCUUUCGCGGAAGAGCGUGGAUUUUUGCAGUUUGCAACCGCAAUAAUAUCAAAUGAUCUUGAGGAAAUACAGAAAUUUCUUGACACUGCUGUUGAUUCAAGUUGUGAGGGCUUAAUUAUUAAAACAUUGACUAGAGAUGCUACAUAUGAGCCAGCCAAGCGGUCACUCAAUUGGUUAAAAUUGAAGAAAGAUUACAUGGAUAGUAUUGGGGACUCGCUAGAUUUGGUACCUAUUGCAGCUUUCCAUGGCCGUGGGAAGCGUACAGGUGUCUAUGGCGCUUUUCUCCUUGCUUGUUAUGACAGUAAUAAUGAAGAAUUUCAAAGCAUUUGUAAAAUAGGCACGGGAUUUACUGAAGCAAUCCUUGAAGAGCGUUCUGCCAGUCUACGUUCUAAAGUGAUUCCUAAACCAAAGCCGUACUUCCGGUAUGCAGAUUCAAUGAAUCCAGAUGUAUGGUUUGAACCCACUGAGGUUUGGGAGGUCAAAGCUGCAGACUUGACUAUUAGCCCUGUUCAUCGUGCUGCAAUUGGCAUUGUGGAUCCUGAUAAGGGCAUUUCUCUUCGAUUCCCACGCCUGGUUCGGAUUCGGGAAGACAAGACUCCUGAGCAGUCCUCUUCAUCUGAGCUGGUUGCUGACAUGUAUAAUGCUCAAAAGCACAACCACCCGAACAAUCAAGAUGAUAAUGAAGAUGAGUAAGAAUUUUUGGAGAAAUUUAUUUCAAUGUAAAAGAUCAGCUGUUUGGUCAAUGCAGCCCACGCUAGUUGAUAACAGAAUGGGAAUUUUCUGUCAUCUAAGGUUAUAACUUGUGGUGAGCGCCUAACCACCAUAUAGCCCCUUAAUGUGGUGUAGUACCAUUAUGAAGUUCUUAAUUUAUCCUGUUAGAAAUAGAAUGAAUGGCCUGUCAUGCAGAGUUUUCAUUUUCUGCUUUAAGGCAAUCAUAGUUGUACAUAAAACUUUCAGACAUUAUAGUUGCUUUGUUUUGGUGUGA